CCCAAUUUACAUAUCCUCUGACUUCCCAAACAACGACAUCAUGCACAGACAGUCACGAUGACCCAAUCUAGUCGUAUUCCUCACAUCCACCACGCAAAGCUCGGAGGACUACACCACAAGCUUGUGCUCGAAAGUCCAAGGCGGAUUCACUAUGGAAAUGACUUCCCCGUCAGCGGCAAUGUGUUGCUGAAACAUCUACCACUCCUCCGAGGGAUCAACAGUCCCUUGAACGCCGAGCUAUUUGGUCCACUGCAAGUCGAUAUCGUCCUCAAAGGAGAGGCCCGUAUACAUCACGAAGCCGAAAGCCGAGGGGAGAUAUUUCGACUCUGCAAAGAGGUCGUCACAAUUCAUGACGGACCCUUCCGAGCUCCUGCAGAUGCUGAAGAAGUGCUCCACUUCAGCAUAAAGUUUCCCGCCCUCGCGGCUCCCGUGACCAACACUGCUGUAGCUGCGGUGCAAGAUGGCGACGGGAUCUGGAACUUCCGAGAACGAGUGUCGAGUGUAGAAACGGGGCCGUUGCCUCCUACGCUCGAAGUACUGCACAAUUCGCAUUCAUGGGGUACUUUUGGAUCUACAAAUCUGCAUACGGUCACCAAACCAGCAAUCAAGGUGCAAUAUACAGUGGAAGCUCGGGUCCGAAUGCCAGGUAUCGAUGUCGAAAUCGUAAACGCAGACGCAGCUUCGGGCGGAGCUCCCGUAUUCUACGAUCAGCCACGAGUGCCGACAGCAAUCGCUCAAAGAGACCAGACGCUGACGAGUGAUGCGUCACAACGAUUUACUGUGCAGAACGAUAGUUUGCGACCCGCAUAUGAGCAGCCUCACGGACUUCGCAGCAAGACCAAAGCAUUUCUCAAGCCGGUCGAUCCACCAAAGUUUGUCUUCGACGCAAACUUCAUUGGCAUCCCUCUGCAUGCGUACAUUGGUCAACCUUUAUCAUUCGCAAUUACCAUUGAGCCCGACGAAACGAGCACCACCAGAACCAACCCAGAUGUCUUCUUAGACAAGUGCACAAUCUCGCUCAUCGCGCACACGACCGGGAUACAACCAGCACCGCUCAAGAUAGUCAAGACAAAAGAAGCCACCUUCUCAUCCGCAAGACCAUUCUCUCGUGAAGAUGGCAUGACCAAAGCAAUCGACAUCGGAGUGCUCAGCUGGGUAUCCACAACUUUCACCUUCCGCAACAUCAGCCGAACCUACAAAUUGCGGAUAGCCAGCCAAUUUACUGUCGGCUCACAACAACUUUCAACAAGUAGAGAUGUUCCCUUGACGAUACAUCCGCCGCUGGAACUCGACGUAUCGAGGCCAAUUGAUAUGGAGGACGACCCUGAUGCUUUGCCCUCGUACCAAGAAGCUAGUCGUUCCAACAAUGCAGGUGACUUUGCAGAAGAUGCUGCAGAAGGCUCUGCACAAGUGCCGUCUUACGAGCAGGCUGUUUCUGGCCAUGAUCACGGCGGACAUCAUGCUGGUUCCGAUCAUGGGCAUGGAGGAUUUGCAGGAGGGUUUGGAGGUUGAGAAGGCGAAAUGCCUUCAAUAUUCGCCAUUAUGAGAAAGUCGACAGGCUCUGCAUGCAUACGUGAUACGUCAGCUCAGUCUUGCUCUCUGAGCAACGACAUCUUCGCACAACAGGCCGUCGAAAGAAGCUCAGUUUGAGCAGCCGCUUUGCUACAACAGCCUCCUGCCCAUUGAACCCAUCUGAACUAUUGGACACAGAAGAUUGCCGUCGCGCAUGCCCACCAAGGGUCCGGACAUAGGCACAGUUUUAGAGAAUCGCGCUUGCAGCUUCCUAGAUGGCUUGUCACAGGAGUGGCAGGUUAGGGUUGUUUCAUAGCCCA